CCGAACUUCUAGAGCUCCUUUUGCUGCUGUCUGCUAAAAAAUCAAAAUCCAAAAAAAAACAAAAGAAGAAAAAAAAAACACUCUUUAUUUGAAUCUUUAUUCAUUCCUAGAUUCACCAAAAACCCACGGCAAAACUCUACGUAUAAUUUUUUUUUUUUAAUUUUAUUUCCUUCCUUCUCUCCCUUUGGACAUGGAUUUCCAAGUAGUGGUUUUAGCCGGUGGCACUUCAAAGAAUCUAACACCCCUUGUCUCCAAGGAAGUGCCUAAACCGCUUCUUCCGGUAGCCAACCGCCCCCUUCUCUACUACGUUUUGCACCAAUUAGAACAAAGCAAUCUUAAAGAUCUCAUUGUUGUGGUUGAAGGGGAAGAUGCUGCGCUUCUUGUUGGUAGUUGGAUUUCUGGGACUUUCGUUGAUCGUCUGCAUGUUGAGAUUGCUGCAGUCCCUGAGGAUAUAGGAACAGCUGGGGCAAUUAGGGCAAUCUCACACCACCUCACCACAAAAGACAUUUUGGUUGUGAGUGGUGAUCUUGUUUCUGAUGUUCCUCCUGGUGCAGUUGCUGCCACCCAUAGGCGACAUGAUGCAGUAGUAACUGCAAUGCUUUGCUCUGUUCCUGUUAGUGGACCUUCAGAGUCAGGAUCCUCUGGUGGAAAAGACAAAGCCAAGAAACCAGGACGAUACGACAUCAUUGGACUGGACCCUGGCAAACAGUUUUUAUUACACAUAGCAACAGGAGCAGAAAUUGAGAAAGAUACUCGACUUCAGAAGCACAUUCUCCAUGCAGUAGGCCAGAUGGAAAUUCGAUCUGAUCUAAUGGAUGCUUAUAUGUAUGCAUUCAAGAGGUCUGUCCUGCAAGAAGUUUUAGACCAAAAGGAUACAUUUCAAAGCUUGAAACAUGAUGUGCUUCCUUAUCUUGUCCAGAGCCAGCUGAAAUCAGAGGCCCUAUUAAAUGGAAUUCCACAAGCAGAAGAAAAUGGUAAUGAGAAGUUUAGUUCCCAGAACAAUCAAGUAUUGGUCUCUCAAAUCCUCUUUAAUUCAUCUAUCCCAAGCUUUCACAAAAUCAGUUCUGUUGAUCCUGAUGGUUCUGCUUCUAUUCGGACCCAUAAAUGCUGCGCUUAUAUUGCAAGCAGCAGCAGUUAUUGUAUGCGCUUAAAUUCCAUUCAAGCGUUUAUGGACAUCAAUCGAGAUGUUACUGGUGAGGCAGAUUAUCUGUUAAGCAAUACCUCCUCAGAUCAUAAUAAUGUUAUAGGUCCUUCACCGAAGCUUGGAACCAAAACUACUGUGGGACCACACUGUAUGCUUGGCGAAGGUUCAGAAAUGGGCGACAAAUGCCAGGUAAAACGAUCUGUCAUUGGCCGUCACUGCCGGAUAGGCUCCCAUGUGAAGGUUGUCAAUUCAGUUGUAAUGAAUCAUGUUACCAUUGGUGAUGGUUGUAUAAUUCAAGGUUCUGUGAUUUGCAGCAAUGUACAGCUUCAAGAGCGUGUUGUAUUGAAAGAUUGCCAAGUUGGAGCAGGUUUCGUAGUUACUGCCGGUAGCGAGUAUAAGGGAGAAUCUAUGGCUAGAAAAGAGAAAUGAGUUAAGGUUGUAUCCCAGAAUUGAAAGAAAAUUGCCAGUCCCGAACCAACUCAUUUUUGCGGAGCUUGUUAGACAUACUUCUCCAGAACUUCUGGUGCCAGUAAAAUGCCGAUCCUUGGCAAGUGAAGGACCAAGAUUAACCAUUGUAUUUUUCCUGCCCCCAUUUUAUUUGAAUGGUUGUGUUGCUUGUAUUUGAUGUAUUCAAGCCUAUAUAUUUUCAUUGACUAAAGGGAAUAUACAGACUAGCCCAAUUUUGGCUUAAUUUUUUGAUAUUCAAAUUUUACUAGUAUUAGAAAAAGGAAAGCCUUAACAUAUUCUUGUUCAACUCUGUUUUUCUCCUCUUAAAGUUUGUAGUGCAGAAUUCUACCAUCAAAGUAGCUAGAUGAUAUACUUGCCUGUUUUGCGAUGAUUUAUUUAUGAAAUUUAAGCAAAGGGUCUCGAUCAGAUCAUAUAUUGCUUCUAUACGGACUAGUUUAUCUGUAUGAUGAAACUGACUGUCUACACCCAUAAAUAAAGGAUCAUACAUUGGCUAAUACGUUUUGCCUUGGCCUAGAAUUGUCUGAAGCAUAAACUACUUAAAAAAGAGAGCAGCUCUCUCAACCCCAAUGGCCAAUAAUUCCUACUAUACUGAGCUCAAAUUGAGCAACUGUUCUACAAUGUUUUCCCCAAAAUGAUACUUCAAGUGAUGGGCUAUGAUGAGUUUUGACGGCAUUAGGA